AAACAGAGCCUCUCGAAUCCACUGCUCCGGUUCACAGUAACCAUAGUCUUCCACUCGUCCUUCUCUCCUCACCGUUUCCCUUCCUAUAAAUUCCACUCCCCAUCCUCUUCUUCUCUGUGCCAUUCUCACUCGUUGCGACUAAUUGAACAGCAAAAAUGUCCAAACUCACCAACAUCUUCAUGAUUGCCCUUCUCCUCUGUUUCGCAAUAACCCACGGGGGCCGUCCUCUGCCGUCUGAUUCUCAGGCCAAAACCCAAUCUGGGGAUGUUGAUACAGAGCAAGUUGAGGUUUUCGAAAGCUGUGAAGGAGUUACAGAGGAAGAGUGCCUGAAGAGAAGAACUCUCGUCGCUCAUCUCGACUACAUCUACACCCAGGGCAACAAGAAGUAUCAGAAGAAAGAGAAACCGUGAUGAAUUUUAUUUCACAUCUCCUUCUUAAUCAUAUCUCCAUAUUUAUAUAUAUUAUACCUAUCAAUUAGUACAAGCGUCCUGGUUUGGUUGCCCUUUGAUCCUCUGUUCCAUCUUUAAUUUUUCUGAACGCUUAUGGUUUAGGAUAAGAUUCGGUGCGAGAUUGAAGCAUAUAUAAUUGGCUUCUGUAAAAAUCAUUUGAGAAAACUUUCAAAUAGAAACAGUAGUUUUUUAUUUGAUUCA